AUGAGGGAAAGCAAACAUACAGAAUUCUAGUUUGAUGAUGAUUCCAAGGAUAGAUCGUUGCCUCAGCCAAUAGAUCAUAUUAACAAAAGUUAUUCUUUGGAAAAUGACAUGGUUUUAGGAUGGGUUCCUGCAUAAUAUUAGGAGGAGAUAAUAAACGUGUAGUUCUAUAAUGAAUUAAACGAUCAACUCAUAGAGUUUUACAAUUAAAAUGACCCAAAUAAGAUAGUUUAUUUAGGUUAUAGGCCAAAUGAAGCAAUGCAAUUUCAUAAAUAAUUCUCUGCAUAAUCUAAUUAUAAAAUCAGAAAUGCUAAAAAUUACAAAGUCAAAUCCUAUCAAAACUAAUAGUUAUUUGUAGGAAUGAAUCCAAAUGUCGAAAAUUAAAUAAAAUUCAAUUCUUAAUUUGAAAGUGGGAACCUAGAUUUGGCAAUUUAAAAGUCUGAACUAGAGUACGAUCUAUACAUGAGAGUUGAUACAAAUACUAAAGGUCAUACACUUUGGUAUUACUUUGAAGUAACAGGUUUGAGAAAUUUUGAUUCAAUUAAAUUUAACAUUUGCAAUUUUCGUAAAAAAAGGUGCUUAUAUGAACGUGGAAUGAAACCUUACAUCUAAAGGGAUUCCUAAGAUUGGUAGUAAGAGGGAGAGAAUGUGAAAUAUGGGGCAUAUAAAUGUUAAUUUAAAGAAAUUCAAAAGUAAUAUUAUUGUCUGACAUUUACUCUGAUGAAUAAAAAACGGGAUGAUAAAAUAAGGAUAGCCUAUUGUGUACCAUACACAUUAAGCAAGUUAAAUAAUUUCUUGAAAUCCUUAAAUUCGUAGUAUUUGGAAUAAUCCUUUUUUUGUCACUCUUUAAGUGGAGUCUACAUUCCAAAGUUAACUUUCUCUAAAGGAAACAUCUUAAAGAAGAAAGUAAUAGUAAUAUAAGCUCGAAUUCAUCCUGGAGAAUCAAAUUCAUCAUGGGUCAUGUAGGGUUUAUUAGAGUAUUUGAGUUCAAGUCAAGCAGAUAAAUUAUUAGAUUAAUUAAUUUUUGUAAUUGUCCCCAUGAUGAAUGUUGAUGGAGUAAUAUUUGGUAAUUAUAGGACUGGUUGUGCAGGGAGAGACUUGAAUAGGCAAUUCAGAGAUAGUUGUAAGAAAUUGUAUCCGACAGUUUAUGCAAUGAAACAAUUGAUUUAUGACUUGUAUUAAUUAUAUGGAGAUCAAAUAGUUGGUUUUAUAGAUAUUCAUGGGCAUUCAGCCAAAAAGAAUGCAUUUUUAUAUGGACCCGAAUUUUAAUUGUGGAAUUGCAAUUAUUAUAAAUCUAGAUUAUUUGCUAAAAUUUUAUCGCUCAAAACUCAAGUUUUUCGUUAUUAUUCUUGUCUAUUUAGAAUAAACAAAUGUAAAAUAAAUACUGCAAGAGCUGUCUUUUGUGAGAAAUACGAAUUUAUUAAUUGUUUUACUUUAGAAGUGUCAAACAGCAGUUACUAUUAUGAGUAAACUACAGAGAAUUUCUCUGAAUAGAAAUGGAUUUAGUUUGGCUAAAUAAUUGGCGAGUCAUUUAAUGAUUUUAUAAUUCAUUUUUAAGAAAUAGAUACUCUAUUUUGUGAUUUUAAGGAUAAGAAGGUAAACAAAUAAACAAAAAAAAAAUAUAAUACUCAAAUAAAUGAUGAAAAAUAAUAGAAUCUUUAGAAUAUUUGUUAGAAUUCAAAAUACUCUGAGUUAUUUGAAGAAAUGAAGAAUGAUUAACCAAAUUUAUCUUUCUCUGAGGGUGAAUCUGAUAGUGAAAGGGAAUCGGAUGAUUUAGAUGAUGAAAUCUUGAAUUAUGUAGUAUUAACUUCAAAUAAAUAAAAAAAGAUCAAAAAGUCUAAAAAAUCUUUAAAAACUGAAUAUAAAAAGCAAUCAAUCAGGAGUGAAAAUAGUUCUGGAGUAAACAAUCAUACAGUGUUUUUGAAUAAAAAAUAAUUUUUGGAAGAUUAACCAAAUAAUAUUUUCUAACAAACCUAAAAUUAAAACAUUUAUAGAAGAACAAGUUUUAAAUAAUACAAACAAGAGGAUAAAAUUAAAGAUAAUUAAACGUUUACGUUGACUAGCAAAAAUUCCCUUGAGUCUAGUAAUAUAAAAACAUUUAGAGCAUCAUAGCUUAGUGGACUUCAACCAAAAUUUGAAUAAAUAGGCGUCCAGAACAGAAAUAAAUCUCCGAUAAAAUUAAAAACAUUAAUACAUGAAGGCAAACUGGGAGAGUCAAUCGAAUUAAAUGGUGAAAUUAAUGAGGAAAAUAUGGCCGAUCAAAUUUUUCAGCCUUACAUUAAAAGACCAUUGUUGAAUUAAACAAAUAAUGCAAACAUUAAAUUUGGAAAUAUUUGCUCUCCCACAAAAGAUUUCGUGUUUCUAAACGAAUUGAAUACUAGAAUAAUGUAAAAUACUCACUUCCCUACAGAUUAAGGUUGCACUUAUAACGUAACUGCAAUUUAUCAUGGAAUAAAUAAACAUUAAAAAAAACCUAAUAACUAUAGGUUUAAUAAAAUGUAAAAAUUCUAAAAAACCUAAAAUCCUUCAAUUAAUUUAAGAAAUACUCUGCAAGUAUAAAAAUUAGGAACAACAACGGAAGAUUCUUUUGGAAUAGUAAUAAAACCUAAGCUAUUUUCAUCACCUUAGAUCGAUGAAUCAUAAGGUUAAGCUGAAUAAUCGAAAAGUGCAAUGAAUUAAUAUUAGAAUACUUCAAUAAGUCAAAAACCCUAAAAACAAUUGGUUCCAUCUUCAUUUUAUUCAAUUAAAAAGCAUUGGACCAACACUAGGGGUAUUCACUAAUACCUUAAUCUGAACAAUUGA